AUUGAGCAGCUGUGGUGCGAGCCCGAAUCAGUCGAGCCAGCUUAGAGGCAAUCCCGAGUUGGUUUUCGUGCCCCCAGUGCAGGGGGAGAAGUCGAGCGACCCUUCUCUAGAAGCAGAUCACAACACCGCCGAUGGCAAGUCUCCAUAACAGGAGACACUCAACGAACGGGGCCAUGUCGUGGAAACCGUUUACAUUUCACACGGAGGUCUCCGGCAACGGGCAAGGGCUCAAAAUGGUCACAGUUCACGACAUCGGUCUCGAUCCUCGGAGGAAUUUCGGAGAGUUCUUCGACGGCCGUUUCGGCUCUUGUUUCAAGUCAGCUUAUGUGAUUCUAAAUGUCUGGAUCACUACGAGAGACGACGGGACUCCACAGGACUCCUAUCGGACGGCAGAAGAAUUGUGCAACGCUAUCGGUUCGCUGUUACGGAUAUAUGACGAAACCUAUGUCGGGGUCGGCUAUGGUUUCGGAGCUCAUCUCCUCAGUAUGAUGGCCGUCAGAGACCCCAAACGCUUCCGGGCUCUAGUUUUGUUCAAUCAUCCCUUCCGCGAUAUCAGCCCGGUGAACGGGUCUCUCAUAACGACGCUCGGACUGCUCAGGGCGAGGAAACGUUUCGAAAUCGUCACAGCGGGCUUGUUGGAUUACCAUGAUAUGCCGAGAGAAGGAUACGCAAACGUCGGCUAUGCCAGGAUGUUUAAAGAAUCGGAGGUCACCAAACUAGAAGGAAUCAUCCAGGCGUGUGUCAACAGACCUGAGGUUGACCCCAAUCUUAUUCUGUGCCCCAUACUGUACAUCGUGGGAGAGGACUCUUUGUACGUCGAUAAUUCUCGGAGGAUGUUCGACGCUCGUAAGAUGAGGGACCACGACUAUAUCCUCGAAGUUCCCUGCUGCAACGUACCUCUCUUCGAAGACCCCCAUGUUGUGAUGAAUGCGAUGCUCACGUUCUUGCGAUUCCUCUAUCCCAAAUGAAGACCUACUGGAACGAAUUUUUGUGAAUGGAACGACUGAAUCACGAUGACCUUGGACCACGGA